AUGAACAAGGCAAAGACGCUGGAGGUGCUGCGGGGCAUGAAGUUCAUGCAGCGCAAAGAGGAGGCGAAGCGGCGGGAGUUGUUUGAGAUGAACCACCAGAGACAAUUGGAGGAAAAACUGCGGGCAGCAACCACGACUGGGAGUACUUCUACUACUACUAAUAAUAAUAAUAAUAAUAGUGAUAAUAAUAAUAAUAAUAAUAAUAAUAAUAAUAAUAAUAAUAAUAAUAAUAAUACGGUGGGAUCAUCCUCUUCUGCACAGAAUGGGGGUGUGGCGACUAUUAUUUACGAUGUAGGAUUUCCACGGGACUCGUAUGCUUUAGCACGACGAUCAUUCUUGCGUCAAACAAGCCCAACGGCUACUACGAAAGCCAACGAGGAGGAAGAAGAAAAGCGCAAGAGAGAUGAGAAGAGUAAAUCUGCUAAAGACUCUAAUAAUAAUAAUGAUAAUAACGAUGAUGAUGAUGAUGAUUUUGACGAUGAUGAUUAUGAUGAUGAAUAUGAUGUGAAUGAUCCG